ACACACACACACACACACACACACAGGCCGCUGUAAUUUCGGAAUCUGCCCUUGUAUAUGGCGGAGGAAAAUUUCCACCGGAGGAACCGCAACACGAGCCCGGUGCGCGAGGCGUCCACGGAGCGGCUGCAUGGAGCGGCUCGAGCCUCGACUUAUUAUUACGCCAUUACGCUUUUUUAAGAUGUAACGACGCGAGCCGCGGUGUGAGGGGAUAAAACCUCCGUGCUGAUUUUUUUUUUUUUUUGGUAUCAUUUGGAAUUUCUCAUAACUAAUUCACAAUUUUUUUUUUUUUUUUUUUUUUUUUUUUUUGGAGGAAGCAGUUGUGCAGUCACCUCUGGUCGGGGAGGGAAGAUUUCAGGAGCGGUAGCCUGUUUCGCAUGAGCUGCAUCGUUUUUGGAGAAGCGCAGACUCAGAGGAGGUGGAGUCAUGAGUGCAACAGAGGCACCCAAUCCCGCGAGCGAGGCAGACGGAGGCAGCGCCGCCGCCGCCGCCGAAGCCCCCGCCAAGGCCACCAGUCCGCCGCCCGUCACCGUAAAGAAGGAGCCCGGCACCUCGGAGACGAGCAACGGGAAAGUUGGCGACGCCAACCCCGCCGAGAUCUGCGUGGUCAUUGGAGGGAAUGACGGAGGAGCCGGCGGAGGCGGAUCCCGUCGAGCCCAGACCGAGGGUAUGUUUGCCCUUGGUACUCCUCCUCCAACGAAGAGCACAGACUCAUGCAUAGGUUCAUAUGUGUGUGGGGUUUGCGGAAAGAAGUACAAGUAUUACAACUGCUUUCAGACGCACGUCAGGGCGCACAGAGAGUCAGAGAGCAUGGUUGCAGACGGCCUGCCGCAGACGCCCAACAUGUCCAAGGACUCGUUCAAGUCUCUCCGCGCUCUGAGUGGUAGCUUCCGUUACUCCUGCGACAUCUGUGGCAAGAAGUACAAAUACUACAGCUGCUUCCAGGAGCACCGUGACCUGCAUGCAGUUGAUGAUCCGUACGAGCAGGUCGUGUUGCCUGUGGAUGGCCUUAAGGAGGAGGAACCAGUUGAACCCUAUCAGAAAAUCGGACCAAGGGAAAAAGCACUCGCCCUCCUCUGCAGAGACCGCGGGUUCAACCAUCGGCAGCGCAUGUCCCUUCAAACACAAUUGGCAGUGUUCGCAGAAACGGGGAGCUAUGUGUGUGAGUUCUGUGGGAAGCAGUAUAAGUAUUUCAACCCGUACCAGGAGCACGUCGCUCUGCACACUCCGAUAGGUUCGUUUGAGAUUAAGACGUCACGGGUACAGGAAUGUGGCAGUAUGGAUAUGAGCAAAUUUGGCCACAGCCAAAGUGUAAAGAUAAAAAACAGCCCAUACAGGCGGAAACUGGAAAGUGCGAUUCAGUCUAGUCUGGUUGACACAAACAGUUCGCAGAACUCGAGCGGAACGCCGAGCCCUCUGGUGGCCAGCACGUUCGCUACAACGCAGAAACCCUACACAUGUGGUGCCUGUGGCAUCCAGUUCCAGUUCUACAACAACCUGCUGGAGCACAUGCAGUCCCAUGCUGCUGAUAACGAGAACCACACCAAAGGGGACUCUCCCAAAGCCUCUUCAGCCUCGGGUCCUCAGGAGCAGCUGUGGAGAGGUUCCCCAGUUCAAGCCCAUUCCUCAGUGAAACUACAAAUCCAGCCUCAAAAUAUCUCCCAGAGAAAUCACACUCUCAGCCAGAACAAUGGACUACCUGAGAAGGAGCGCCAGCAGGUGGCUGAGCGCCUAUUACGGGUAAUGUGUUCGGAUCUGAGCAUGCUCAACGUGCUCAACAGCAAGGACUUCCUCAAGUUGGCCCAGACCCUGGUGGACACGGGCGCCCGCCACGGCGCCUACUCCACCCGCGACGCUCUCGGCAACAUGAGUGCCUUGGCGCUGCGCCAGCUGCCCCGCAUGUACAACCAGGUGAAAGUCAAGGUCACGUGCGCCCUGGGUUCCAACGCCUCGCUCGGCAUCGCCGUCACCUGCCACGCCCAGACGUCCGGCCCGGACGCCUGCUACGUCCUGACGGCCUACCAGGUGGAGGGGUCCAGGCUGAAGCGCUACGUGCUGGGCGUGAGGGAGGCGGAGCUGAGGGAGGGGCCCGAGCAGGUCCACCACUGGGUGCAGAACGUGCUGUCCGAGUUCGUCAUGUCGGACAUCCGCACCGUGUACGUGUCGGAGCCCCGGGUGUGGGCGGCGGGCUUCGCCGGGUCGCCGCUGGGGGGCGGCGGCCGGGGGAGGAUAUGCCUGCGGUGCGCCGGGUGCUCGCUCGGCGCCGUGGUGCAGGCCGUGCUGGGGAAGCGCAGCCUCCAGGCCCGGGGGCUCCACGAGCUGGCCGAGCUGCUCUCCACCUGCAGGGACAUCGCCUCCUCCACCACGCUGGCGCUCCGCGAGGAGCAGUUCACCAACACGUCCGCAAGCACAACCGAGGAGGGCGCGCAGAGCAGCCCCGCGCAGUGCCCCACGCCGCCGUGCUGGGACCGCAUGGCCGAAGCACUCCUGCAGGUCCACGCCCACUUUGAGCACAUCUGCGAAGCCUACGGUCGCAGCAAGGCCACGGCGCCGGUCCUCCAGGGUCUCAACAAGCACCUGCUGGGCACGCUGGCCUGUCUGCUGGCCCCCCUGCGCCUGGCGGCUCUGGAGCUCAGCAGCCAGAGGAGACCCACCCUGCAGCAGGUGCUGCCCGUCUACCUGCGUCUGGAGAAGUUUUUCACUUCUAAAGCCGGAGAGGCCGGAACCGGCACCGCCAGCAAACUCUGCCACUAUUUCCUGGAAGCCCUCAAGGAAAACUUCAAGGUCGAACGGGCUCACCAGGUCGCGAUGGUCCUGGACCCACAGCUCAAGCUGCGCUCAGUCCCAGCCUAUCAGCACGAAGACAUCAUCUCCCGCGCCUGCGAGAUGGCCAUCGACACCAGGGACGGAGGUAUGACCGGCGGCGGAGGCUCGGGCGGAGACGACCGAGACGCCGACGGGCCGACCACGCCCAAAAGAAGCCGCGCGGACGGAGGCGGGAGCAACGGCGGCUCCCUGCGGGGGGCCGCCUCCUCCUCCUCCUCCUCGUGCGCGCUGUCCGGCGGCGAUGAAAACCAGGGCCAAGUCCGGCAAGAGAUUUUCCAGUACCUGGCCGAGCCGCUCCUCCAGGGCACCCCCGACCUCUUCCAGUACUGGAGCUCCACGGUGGGCGAGAAGUUCCCCCGGCUGGCCCGCCUGGCCCUGUGGCUGCUGGCGGUGCCGGCGGUGGGCAUUCGCAGCGAGUGCGUGACUGUGUGCGAGCAGAGCCUGGCCAUGAAGCGCAAGCAGCAGGUCACCGCCGAGGAGAUGAACAAACUCAUCUUCCUCCGCUCCAACAUGGGUUAGACGGAAACCCGACCGACCCCAAUCAACCAAACCUUCACCUCCACAACCAAUGACUCGAGACUAUUAUUUAUAUAAUGUAGGUUUAGACCAACUGUAAACAUAAAUGUGUAUGGACACUGAUGAACUCCUCAAGACAGAAAACAAAAAACAAGAACUCGCAUUGUAAAGGUUUCAGACGCCCAUAAAUCAAUACGGCUUUUCACAUAUUUUGUAAGGAGAAAAAGGACUGUUGUGGAGUACUGUGGACAAAAUGUAGGGGUGGAACGGUAACUCACAAAAGGUGUUUGGUACGCCGCCCUCGGUUUGGGACGCACACACACAAAAGCAGGACAAGUUCAGUCUCGUCACAGCCAGUGAUCCGAAUUACUCCAGCCUGAUAACUCAACUGCUACAAGGCUCCGAUGCUGUUAUUCUCACUGGAUGGCGACACUUUCAGGUAAAGUCAGCAUUCACGGCUUGAAGCUUCUGUCAUAGACCUGUGAGAAAAAAAAAAAAAAACCCGUUGUUUUACAUUAUCAAAGUUGUCCAAGAGUGAAAAAGCAACAAAAUAACUUCGAUAUUUUCAUUUUCACCGGUAUAUGACAAAAGGAAAAAAAACAAAUCAAGCUGUGAAUCUUCACUGCCGUUGCACCUCUGACAAGUAAGUGCACUAGGUUUAUGAUCUACCACAACGCGUCACUGAAACCUCUGUUUUUAACGUGUUCACGCAGGAGCAAUUGGAAGAAAAUGGAGCUACAUCAUUGCAACUAACUGUACGGUUGCGUCAGUGGCCUCAAAAUGUAGCUUAGGAAGAUUUUCGAAUUUUAGUUUUGCUUGAAAAUGGUAAGAAGUAGCCGUUUGCUUUUCCGUUUGUUUUGUUUUCUUUCGCGACACACUAUUUGAAAGUGUUACUAAAACAAAUCCACUGGUUUUAUUUUCUCCUCAACUUAAAAAAAGUCUUUAGCUGCUUUACAAACUGCUAGUAUGUGCAAGGCAAGAUGGGUUCAGAUUAUCAAAUGUUGCAGUAAGAAAUAGGAAAGCAUUACUUUCUGCUGUUUUUAAUUAGCCUCAGUAAAUCCAAUAAUUAAUUAAAAAAAAACCCUUUUAUUUCCUUUUAUUUUUAAUCACCAUAUUUCAUUCUUUAGAUUUCGCUAUCUAGCAGAAAGGCAGUAUUCACGCCGUCAGGCUCUUCUACUUGAUAGUUUUCAGAACACCACCUCAGUCAGGUUCGCGAAACCUUCAAAACUACAAUCAGCUCCGAGUUCGACUCGCGUUUUUUCUUUUCUACUCUCACUUCUAACCUCACUCGCUCUCAGAGAAACAGCCGUUAACUUCAAUAGCAAAGCGUUUCAACUCGCAGACAGGAUCUCAAAUCAUGUUUAUAUAAACUCCUGUGGUUUUUAUUUUCAUGCCGAAGACGCGUCCAUAGGAAGGCUGUGCGUCCGUCAUUCUGUUUGUCGAUUUACUAUAAACAUUGUCUUCCUUUUUUCAGAGAGAGAGAGAUUCCAUUUUUUUAAGGCAAUAAGCUUUUGUCACAGGUUAUCCGUUCCAGCUCAAUCUGACUGUUCUCUCCACGCCUCUCGCAAGCCGAUCAUCCGCAGGAAAACCGAUUUUGUGUUUCGUGAAUCACCGGGAUUUUCUCAGGAACGAGUACAUCCAAGCAGGCACCGCCACUUUUCUCCUCACUGUUACUGAACAGAAAACCAAACUGUGACCUCAACGCCGAGGUUUGUGCCCGAACCGUGACUUUUGCGAAAAACGUUCCACCCCCCCACCAAAAAAAAAACAACAAAAAAAACACAGUUAGUGCCACUCGCAACAAACAAGUGGGUUCACACUGAAGGUUUAUUUUUUACAGGACGAGAACAAAUUCUGCCAGUGCAUUCACUAAAGUCGACACACGCAUACUCAUGAAGUCAACUUAUUUAUUUUUUUAUAGAAUCUUGUAUACAUGUACCUGAGCUGAUACCUCCGAAAAUGACUUGCAUGAAUGGAAGCUAUACUUUUUUUGACAUUUGUUUGUUGCCUCUGGUACUAAUCAGUCAAGUACUACGUUUGUUUUCUCUGUUUUUGGGCCUUAAGUCUCUCUCAUGCGAUCACCUUAAAACCCGACGACAGUCAGAGCCGACAUCAUGCCUUUAUAUUGCUGUUCAAUGGCCUUCUUUUACCCAUCUUUUCUACAGCUUGAGGUUCUGUUCUUUUUUUUUCUUUGCACUCCUGUAACUCUCUCUCAAAGGGCCUCACAGGGCUGAAGGCUGGCAACAGUGUCCCCUACUGGACAACAUGUGAACUUCUCAUCACGGACAUUUGACAAGUGCUUUUCUUUUUUUUUAUUUACUCCUGUGUUUAGUUUUGACACGCGAGCUUCUUCUCAUCCUCUCUGCUUAUUUCUCCGAACCAGGUCAGUAGUUAUUUCCUCAGUAACACACCAAAACUCAAGUAUCCACUGUACAGACCUCUGAGAUGGCUCCGUGGGAAGAUAAGACGCGGCAGGUUUUCGUUAGUUCCGCAUAGAGAUUUAUCAAACACUGAUACUGUGACACUGAAACUCGUUUUUGGAUUUUGGUUUUUGAUAUCGUUGCAGCGGCAUCGUCCUAAAGGCUGCUGUGCAGGUCAGUCACUUGACUGCUUAUAUAUACAUAUAUAUAUAAAUAUACAUAUAUUUCUUUUCAAUGAAAAAAAAAACUAGUAGUUAUCCGUGUAAGUCAACUUUUGAUCACCAUGUCAACAGUCAAUAUGGAUCAAUCUGAUUUCUUUUUUUCAGCGUUAACCCUUAAUGCGAGUAAAGAUAUGAUUAUAGUAGAAUUCUCUACCCUGAAUGUCCACAUGGCCAAAUAACCUCAUUGAUUAGUUGAAUUAAAAGGCUGUUUUUAGUUUCCGAUCAGCUCCAAUUGGCUCGGCUGCUACGAACGCCGACGGCUCUGCGUUUUUGGGCGAACGGAGACGCCGCUCAGACAUGUUGUCAGCCACCUUGUUUCCUCGGCAAUUGACUUUGAACGUGGCGAUCAAUACCCUCCCGUGAUCCAUGUCGGAUCUGCAGCCUCACGUCCGCCCGUCGCGCCGGCCGGCGGUUUCAUCCAAUAGGAGGAUGACGUGACUUUGAAAACGUGAGUCGACCACCUGAGCGAUCGCCACGAGAAUAUGUCAGCAAUUAAGCAUCAACAGCUCUGCAUUACAGUUUCACAACUGUUUUAUUUUCAAUAGACUGUAGCCCUCUUUACCUCCAAGCUUUGAUUUCACUGUUUCAUAGAUACUCUUCUCUCCCUGAAGCUUUUUUUUUUUUUCAAAUCAGUUAUAUUUCUUUUUUUAAUUAUAUUUUAGUAAGACAAGGAAAAUAACUUGAUUUUUUUAUGCACCAAUCCAAUGUUUUACCUCAGUACUUUGAAGGUAAUGUAUUUAAAAAAAAAAAAAAAAAAGAAUUGGGAUAAAAAAAAAAAAAUUCAGUUGUUCAAAAGAUGUUUGGGUUUGUUUGAAGAAAUCGUCAAAAUACUGUAUAUUGGUUUGUGAUUCCAACCGUGAUCCUCGACUGAACCGAUGAAGGGAUUUUUUUUCUUUUUCUUACAGUUUUUAAAUAAGUAUUUUCAAUAGGAUAUGCUCUGGGACAAAUGCCAUCGUUGACGUAUUGAUGUCAACUUGAUUUAAGUUAGAAGUAACAUUUUCUUUUUCCUUGAUUAAAAAUGGAAACUAUAUCUAAGAUAUGCAUGCUUUUAAUAAGAAUACUGAUAUAUAAUGUUAUAAGCCAGUGUUUCUCAUCAGAUGGAAAUAAAUCAUAAUGGCUCUGGGUAGAUGUGACUUUAAGAAACACAGUUAAAGUCAAAAAACAAGCAACCCCCGGUCUGUAUUUAAACUUUUUGGAGGUGGGAUUAGCUCUGCUGAUCAUGGGUUGGUGUUUGUGGGUUGGCAUCGCCCGUUUUCAGAGGAUGUAUUAUGUAAAUACAAGAGAACUGCUGUUUUUAUGCCACAAGGGGGCACCUUCAUUUCAGAGAUAAAAAAGUAGGGAGCACCAAUAACAUUAUACCUCUUUUUUCUACAGUAGCAUUUCAAAA